CCAAAUUUCGGGACCCCCCAAAUUUCGGGACCCCCCCAUGGCGGAGGCGGCGCCCCCCCCCCAGGAGCUGCGGGACAGCGACCCCCGAGGGGGGCUGGGCAGGGUGACGCAGUGGCUGGAGGCGCGGCGCGCGGCGCUCCGGCCCUGGGGCUCCUUCCUGGACCAGCGGCGCUUCGGGGCCCCGCGGGAUCUGGGGGAGCUCUGGCGGCGCCUGGGGCACAACGGGGAGCGGUUCCAGAGCAACUACGUGGUGCUGUUCCUGGGGCUGGUGGCCUACUGCCUGAUCACCUCCCCCCUGCUCCUCCUCGCCCUCGGGGUUUUCGUCGGGGCCGCGGUGGCCGUGAGGGUCCGGGCCAGGGAGGCGCCACUGGUGUUACUGGGCCGGGAGCUGAGCCCCGCCCACCAGCUGGGCGUGGCCGCCGGGGUUUCCCUGCCCCUGUUCUGGCUGGCGGGGGCGGGGUCGGCCGUGUUCUGGGUGCUGGGAGCCGCCCUGGUGUUUUUGGGGUCCCACGCGGCGUUCCGGCAGCUGGACCCCCCCGAGCUGGAGAUGGAGCCGGUGUGACCCCCAAAAAAACCCCAAAAUAUCCCAAAAUCACCCCAAAAAAUCCCCGGGACGCCCAAGCUGGAGAUGGAGUCAGUGUGACCCCGAAAUACCCCAAAAUCACCCCAAAAUAUAAAAAAUAAAAUCCCAAAAUCACCUUGAAAUAUCCCAAAAUAUCCCAA